GCACUGUCGUCUCACGGGGCACGGCUCGGCGAGCAUCGGCGGCUCAGUCAAGAAACUCGGCUGCAUCGAAUCGCUCCGAGGCGAGGUUAAUAUCGGUACGAGCCAGGAGCCGCGGUGCUCUCCUCUCCAACACUCUCGGCACUGCCUGCACGGCCCACACAGUGUGGCCACUCCUGGCAGAUCCCAGUGUGUCGCGAGUUUAUCAUCGUGCGAAGGAGUUUCAGUGCCGUAAUCGUUCGUGUCCGGACCGUGCUCCAAAAGUGUUCCUCACUUCUCGCGGGUUAAAGGACGUGGCGCGGGCGGAACGGGGGAGAGACGUUCGAAGAAAAUCGUUCUCCUUUUUUUUUUUUUCCUCGAAUAUUGUACGAACGCGCGCCGCUCCUGGACUCUUCACCGUGCGCGUACGCAUAUUUACGGGUAAUCGACUGGCCGACGGAAGAAAGGAAAAAAAAAAAAAAAAGAAAGAAGAAAAAGAAAAAAAAAGAAAGGGACAGCCUGGUGACAGUGAUGAGUGUUUCUUCGCUUGUGUUCGACGUCGUAGCGGUUGCUCAGGGCUUACGUGACUGUGACCGUGACUGCUGUGCCGCUGCCACCGUGAUGUGCUUCGGAAACUCCGCCGCCAAGGAGAUGCUGAGGACACGGCACGUGGACUUGCCUAAAUGGUGGCUCUGGCUGUAAGGGGUCCUACAGGGAAGCAUGAGGGAAAGAACGCCCUCUGCCGACGAUACCCCGAAGAGGGCCCCAUCAGCGCUACCGAGAGAAGCGGCCUCGGCGGACGUGGCUGGUAGCAAGACGACCAGCGAGGCGGCGGAUGUUUUCGGCGCGGCGAAAUUCACUCCGGCAACGACGGCAUCGUCCACAGCGACCGGAGCGUCGUCCCCAUCGUGCGUCGACGUCAGGAUGGUCGCCUCGAGCCACAACCUCGACGACCUGGGUGCCAACCAUCCGGCCAACGCGAACAGCGACCCGAGGAGCCAGCAACAGCAGGAGAAGCACGGCCACGCGUACAGGUCCGCGCAGACCGCCCAGGACAAGAGGAGCAGGCUCAGCAACGUGAUAAACAAUCUCAGGAAGAAGGUCCCUGACACGAGGGACUCGCCGAGGAAGGAGGAGGACGAUAGGAACAGCGUCGAGAGGAAUCUCGAAACGCUGGAGAAGUAUGUGAUGACGGUGUUGAACGGCGUGAUCAAGGACGAGGAGGACGACGACAGGGAGGCGUUGAGCAAGAAGAAAGAGGCGGCGAGCGAGAAGAGCAACGAGGCGGAGAAGUUGCCCGAGGACCAGGAGGACGAGGACUCCAAGGGUCCAGCGGCCAAGUUCGAGCCCUCGAGGCCCAACGAGAGCAGAACCGAGACAGCUGUCGUCCCGUCGGAGCAGCCUGACAAGCCUGAAGCGAAGGAGUCCCCCUCGGAGCGGCAGAAGGAGAAUUCCCUGAAAAAAGAAGAGUUUAAUCGUCAGGAGAAUAUCAACGAGGGUGUCAGCGAGGAGAAGGAGCCCAAAGCGGACGAAGAGGACGUUUGCAGGAUCGACAGGUGUUCCUCCAGGGAGGCAAAGUCCGAGGAGCAGUCUGUCCUCAGCGAGACAGCGAGGAACGACGAGGAUGAGAGGAAAGAGAAUCGUUCGUUGGGGACUAUCAUCAUGGAGAGGCUGAGCGAAAGUCAGUCUGACGACAAGAGUAACGUCGAUCCUGUCAGGGAGGAUUGCAGGGAAUCAGUGCCUGACAACGUGGAGCUCAGGAACGUGUGCAGGGAUCUGUUGAACGACCUUCUGAACGGCAUCAAUCAGCUGAUCGACGAGAACAGCCAGGAGAAGCAGCAAACGAGGUCGUUGGAAAAUUCGACGGACGAGUCCAGAGACUCAAGGAAUCAGGAGUUCUCCAUGACGAGCUUGCACUGUAGCCUGCCCCUGGACAAGGUGGCCUCCGUGCUGCAGAACUGUCAGACCGCCGAACUGGCUGUCCCACAAUCGCCCUUGUCCUCUUCUUCGACGUCUUCCUCCUCCCAGAGCUCGAAAUCUCCCUGCAAGCCGCCCUCUCCCACGGUCAGGCAUCUCUGUUUGUACUGCGACAGAAAGUUCAUGUCGAUAUCGCUUAGGCAACGACACACCGAGAGAGUUCAUCAGCAGGGAGGUGGCAGGAGGUCGGAGAGGAACUCGAGGAAACCGUCGCAAAACUGCCAGUACUGUUCUGACAAGUGUGCAGAGAGUCUCGAGGGGCUGUUUCAGCACAUGGUCGGCAGCCACGGGGACAAAUAUCAUGGGUGUCUGCAGUGCUCGACCAGAUACCUCACCAGGGAAGCACUGGCCGGCCACAUGAGCGAGAAUCACGGUGUCAGUGUGGAGAGGAACCUUCAGAUUCAGGAGAAAAUGAAGGAAGCCUCGCCUAGCAAGGAGCAGGGCAACCAAAGUCCUCGGGAUGUCCCGAAUCCCAAAGAGAGAAGGUCGGAGGACACCGAUCACGAGCAUCGAACGGAACCUACGAACAUCCUUUUGAAGCCGGUGCACCCAGCGAAGGACAACUUCAGCAACCCGGGCAGCCCAGAGUUCGACAGCUCGUUCUACAGCAGCGUGAGCUGCAACAUUCGCGAGAACCUGCUCCACCACCUAGACGGCAAGCUGCAGAGCUCCUCCUCCUCGUCAACAGUCACGUCGUCCACCGGUUGUUCGUCCGCGACAGACGCGAAGCCGCAACAACAGCAACAGCAGCAGCAGCAGCAGCAGCAACAGCCACAGCAGUCCUUCUACGAGCACAACGUCAGCCAGAUCCAGUUCCCCAUAGACAUCUCGUUGACGGCGGCAACGCCAGUCUAUUCGAAAGAGUACGGCAACGAGGAGUACGAAAACAACAGCGAGUACGCGCAGAAACCCGGCAAGAGCAACAGGUCUCAUCCGCGGAGAGUGUCGUUCGAGAAGUACAACUUCCCGAGGAAGUACGACGGAAAGGAGCAGUGGACCUGCUCGAUAAAGGACCUGAGCAAGUUCGACAUCUCGACGCAGCUCUCCCUGAGGAAGAAGCAACAACUGUUGAAGGACCUAAGUCUGAGCAGGCUGCAGCAGAUCACCGUCCUCACUGCCUCCGAGAUGGCGCAGAACGAGCAGUGUCUCAACUCCAGGGAUCUCGAGGAAGCUGUCGUCGAAGUCGACAAGCCUCUGGAUGUCGAGCAGGCCUCGGAAGGGAAACGCGACUGCACCGAGGCAAACGUGAAGCAGCUUCAGGAGACGGAGUUCACUGUGGAGUUCGGCAAUUUCCUGAGGCUGAGGAAGUGGGACGAGACGACAACGUCCGAGGCGGCCAAGAAACAGGAAACCGUCUACGCCGAGUUAACCGGGGAAUGGUCCAGACCGAGGAUCUACGUUUGCGGUACCUGCGCUUCCAAACACGUAACUUUGAAAGAAAUGGAGGACCACAAAGUGACCACACAUCCGAACGUCUGGUGUUCUCACUUUGAGUUCUCUGGUGAUCAAAGGGAGCUUUACAAGCAUCUAUUUCUACCAGGGAAGGACGUGCCCACGGCGAAAGCGAGGGCGGCCAUCUUGGUCGAAAAGGUGUGCACCAAGUGCUCCAAGAAUUGUACCACGCUACCAGAAUUGCACAGGCACAUGCUGGAGUGCGGCGGGGACCAGGCAUGGUUGCUUGGCCUGUUCGGCAAUGGGAAGAAGAAGUGCAAGUGGAGGCCGUUCGGCAGCCGCAGCAGGAGGCGAAGGCAGCGGGGAAUGAAGAGGAACAUUCAGAACUCGCAGACACCGAGGGUGAACGCGCCGAGAGAGAAGCAGCCUACGGGGCCGAGGGUCAGGCCCAGCGACAGGGAGAGUAUACAAAAGAUGUUGGCCAACUUACCGCCCAAGAGGGCAACCAGGAAGGUGUUGCAGGACACCACACUGAGAACCCAGGGCAGAUUGCGCACCGUGCAAACCAGGACGAGGCCGCGGCUGGUCGGCGAGAAUUCCAGCGUCUCGCGAAUGUCCCGGAACAAGGCUGCCCUGAGGAACAAGCUGUUGAAGAACGCCAAGUCGAUCCAACGGAACCGGUGCCGGAUUGACAAUAUCUCUGCGGUGAUCGAGAGCGUGGUGAGGAACUAUGCUCCCGACUUGUCGAAGCCCACGUUGGGAGAGAGGGAGGGUGUGGAGGCACGAGAGGUCAGCACGACGAAAACCACUGAUCCGGAGAGGGAAACCAAAGAGAAAUCGGUCGACGGGUGUUCCACUGUCGGAGGAGACGACGCGCCCAACAGAGCGAAAGCGACGAGAGGGCCGAGGGUACUGGGCAAGAAGCGAAACGUGAGGACGAAAGACGGUACAGUGAGGAGCCUGGACCAGGCAAAGAGGACGAGCCUGAAAGCGAAAACAGCGAGGACGGUUUCGAAGAACGUGUCCGAGACGAAGACAGAGACGCUUGGCGAUGGUGUUAGAACGUCGAAAACCAGCAAAGCUUGUCCGAAAAGUUUGGAGAAGGAGGCGGAGGCAGAGGGAACCGAAGCUAGUCCAGGGGAAGCGAGAUCCCCCAGUCUGAAGAGCAGCAAGUCGUCCACGCAGAGCGGCAUACCUAAACGAAAGCGUCCGGUGGAUCCUGUCGCCUCUCUGAACGCCUCUAUCAAAGCCAAGUCGCAGCUGAGGACCCAGGACGGGAAAUUCGCCAGAAAUCCCAACAAGGAAUCCGCUUUGCCUCAGAAGUUCCCGGAGGGUGUAGGGCUCAGGUGUCCGGUCUCUGGUCAAGUCUCGACGACGACAGCCAAGGAACGAGGCGGUGAAACUAGUCCGGAAUCGUCGAUCACCAGGUCCAAGUUGAGGGCAGUUACCAAAUGUAAGAACGGCGACCAAAAUUUGCCGAAAAGAACGACCAGGCUGUCGUCUGACAGUGACAAGAUGCCCACGCUGGAGCCAGCUGUUCGAGCGUCGUCCCCUACGGACGAGUAUCCGGAAACCUCGGCGAACGACCUGCCGAUUUUAUCGCCAGCCACGCCGGCUUCUGCUCAGGAGAAGAGCCUGCGGGGCGGUAAGGCGCUGAUCGGCAAGUGUUUGGACGACAAGGAAAAUCCCAAGAAGCAGGAGACUCAAGAACCAGAAAAGGGAACCGGAAGCAGUUUGAAGGAGGAGAAGGAACAGCAAAAGCAGGGUAAAGGCAGGAGAGCGAAGAACGACGCGAAAAGUUUGAACAAAACCGCGGAGAAUAUCGACGCGAAGACCGACGUGUCCAAGGAGGUGACCAAAGGAUCGAUCAAAGAGAAAUUCAAGAGAAGGAGCGCCCCGGCCAAGAUCUUGAAUGCGGAGGAAAAGAAAACAACCGGAACCACAGCAAGAAACGUGGAGGAAACGAGUCUGAAGAAGGAGGUGAAGCAGAAGAAGGAAGAAACCGUCAAAAGCAACAUCAAGACCAAGUUGGAGAGCGUUCUCGACGACGACGACAGUCCCAUAAAGAUCCGAAGCGUUCCGUUCGAGGUAAAGAAGCUGAUCGGAUCCGACAGCAAGGAGGAUCUGCUCACGAAACUGGUUUUGACUACUAGGAUCGCCACGUCCAAACGUUGCCUGAGGCAACCAGCGUCGAAGUUCAAGCUGGAACAGGGCAGGAGCAAGUCUCGAAAGGAUCCGGAGGUGGAGAGGGCUCUGAAGUUGGACUCGGGAUCGACCUCAGACGCGUCUACGAAGAAAGAGAAGCUCGACGCCAGGAGAAAAUCACUGAGAAAGACGGACAGGAAAGACACGAAGAACGAAAGAACCGUCGCGGAAGAAGCCAGCAGGAUGAAAGACGAGGUGAAAUCAGCAGCCAGAGGACGGAGGAGCAGCAGUCUGACCAACGAGAGCAAGUCACUGAUGCCGUUGUCGUCUUUCGACGUGCAAACUAAGUCGGAAACCAGCGUGAAUACGAACAACGUCCAGAAUACGGACAAGAGACAAACGAGGGGUUCGACGUUGAACUCCGGUGAAAUAGACGUUGUCCAGAGUGAAGACUCGAGUCUGAAGAAGAACGUUUUUGGAAAACGACGAGGCAGAGUCAAGUCCAACAACAACGACGUGUCUGAUAAAAGGAACACCCAAGAAGUAUGCCAAACGAAGAACGAGGAAAGCGAAGCUGCUAACGACAUCGACUCGAAGGAAGCGGAAAGGAACGAGGCGAAUUCCGAUAACAGAGAGACUGUGUCAAUUGGAGGGACGAAACUGGCCAAGGAAGAGAAGGUAGAUCAUCUAUUGGAGAGCAGAGAAAGGAACAAUGGGAAGGAAAAUUCACUGGCAAGGCCAGCGCCCGUUCAAAAGUUGAAAGUUGGCAGGCCCAGGAAAUCCUGGGGUGCCAGGAAAGAUCAGGCGUCGAAAAAGUCCUUGAACAACGUGAUUGGGAUUCUCACAGAGGGCAUAAAUAUCCCUGUGGACGCGCAGCCGAGUGUCCCGAGCACGCAGACUGGUACAGACAACGUGGAAUCCGGAGUAUCUCUUCAGACUGCCACGCCACGGGCCGACGAUGGUGCUAGCAAGACUCCAAACCUGGACAAAAGUGUCAAAUCUUCUGAGAACGCUGUUUUCGAAGUGUUGGCAACUGUUCCGGAUAAAUCAGUGAUUUCCAACGAGAACGAUCCGAAACAAAUUGAAGCUACCAAGGAGCAGAAUUUGGAGAGACCUACGGAGAAGAUUCAGAGAGGUGAGUCGUCCUCGAACGAGGACGAAGAACAGUCACCGGCUAAUGACAUUAUUCUGGACUUGUCGAGAAGGAAACAGAAGGGGAAAGGAUCGUUUUUGGAGAAGAUUGUUUCGAAAAUAGCAAAACAGAAGGACGCGUUGUUGGAAGGUGAGGUUGGUUCUCUGCUGGACACGGCCGCGGACGAGCUCACCAGUAUUCUGAAUGAAGUCGGGCCGGUCUUCUCGGAGAACACGGAGACUUCGGGCGAGACGAGAGCUGCAACGAAAGCGGAAAAGAUCAGAGACACGGCGCAGGGAAGUGAAAAAAUCGAAAGAUCGUCCGACGAAAGUUGCCCGAGUCGGGACAAUUUGGUCCAGAACCUAGGAAACGAAGAGAACGAAGAAAAAAUUUCGGAGGAACCUGCAACAGAAUUCGAGUCAAAAGUAACACCCAAAAGUGGAGAGAUAGCUGACCAAGAGGCUGAAACCAAAAUGCUGAUGGAGGAACGAGAGAAGACCUCUUUUAUGGACGAAAAGGAGAAUUGUGUCGAUGGAUCGAAAGAACAAGAUGGCGUCGUCCCCGCCGAAACCAGCUCUGCUAUAAAUAAUAAUAAAGUUUUAUCACCUGCCAUUGAAAACACUUUGGAAAUUUCAGCGAGUAACGUCGCGGAUGCACCUUCGUCGAGGCUGAAUGGAGAAAAGGAGAAACACGAAGAGGUGGCCGAGGAGGGAAAAGCGAAAAGGAGAUCGAAGAAACGAUCGUUGGAUGGGAGAUCCAAGAAGAAGACCGUCGAAUCGACAGACAAUUCGAUAGAAGAAAGCCUUGUCUCCAACGAGUUGCAUCCUCUGACUGACUCGAUAGAAUUAAUCGAACAAUCAAAGCAAGUGCCUUCCGCUGAAGAGAACAUUCAGGACGACCUGUCUACCGAGGUUGACGGAGACAAGAUACAACGCGAGGAACGUGGAACGAAGGACAUCGACACGCCUGAAAAUUCCAAUGAAAUUGUCACGGAACUCGCCGUUGAUCCUGCAAACAAUACAGAAGAACGUACGAGAAAGGACAAGAACGAAGAAGCAGAGCAACUAGAAGAAGUUGCUGAUGCAACGAGAACUAAGGAAGAGAAUUCGUCGAAAAAGAGGAGAUGUUGCGUGGAAGAGGUGGAUCAGUAUUCCGAAAUUCAUGUACCGAUCAGGAGAUCUUACAAGAGGAAGUCGCAUCCUACGGAGGAAGAGAAGGUGAGUCACAUCUCCGAAGAAGAGAUAUCUACGAGCGAAGUGACGCUGGAGAACGCGAGAGGGCCGAGAAGAAGGUCGUUCAGAACGAAAUCCACGGUUCGAACAAAGAGCGAGGAAAAAACGGCAAACGAAGACGAAAAUAACACUGCCGUUGGUGUCAGUGCGAUUAGCAUAACUACUGAAAACACUGAACCAUGGAAGAAUGUGGAAGAAUCGUCGGAGAAACGUGAAACUGUGCUCGAUGAAACUCCAAGACAGCAGACGACGUUGUCGGAUAGUCUCGAAGAACACUCGAAAGAAAAAGAAGAGAAUUCUAGCGCGAAAAACUCGGAGGAAAUGAACAAAGAGCAGAUCGAUCAAACUUCUUCUUCUAUCGAGCUAGAGAAGACCACCGAAGAGGCACCAGUUGUUGCGGUUAAAGUGCCGAAAAAACGCGGCAGAAAGAAGAAGUGUCUGACGCAGUCACCAGACACAGUUUCUCGAGAAAAUCCCAAGCAGGAACCCGCCGCGACGAGUCAACUUCCGCCCAGAAGAUCGCUGAGAACGAACAAGCUCGUGGAGGAGGCCGAGAGUCAGAGCAAGAAUUUCAAUCAUCUGCAGGUCCCUUCGUCGAACGUGGAGCCGUUCAAAGUUCCUGAAGUAACCGAGCUGCUCCAACACACGAAGAAGAGGACGUACAAGAGGAGAUCGACCACCGACGAGAAUUCGGACGUUCAGAGCAACUGUCCUCGAGCAGAGCCGGAAGCAGAUGGUGCGGAGUGUUCGGAAGAGAAGAAGAGCUCGACGGAGAAGGAUGAUCAACCGGAGAACUUGUGCCAGAAAGACCCUGUCGAAGAAAAAAAACACACCGCCGAGAGUGAACGCGACGACCUGGAGAGAUCGAGCUCCGCCGGUUCCCUCGAUCUAAUGGGCAAAACGGAGCAAAUUGGCAAGACUAGAACCUCGAAGAGGAAACAGCUGUCUUCGGAAGACCUGCCGGAACAAGGACGACUGGAGAGCGCGGACAACUUGUCAGAGAACUCCUGCGUGAGCGACUUCAGCUACCUGAGAAGGAAACGCUACUCGAAAAAGAGGAAGGAGCUUCGCGCGUCGCGAACGGAGGACACGUCCGCAACUGACUCGGAGUCCGUCGACAGGAGCACCAACAGACGGCAGAUCCUGAAGAGGAGAGCCAAGAAGAACAUAAUCUUGGUCGACUACCUGAUGGACGACUUCGACAUUCCGAUGGACAUUCCAGAUUGCGUGGAGGACGUGACCGACGCGAAGAACGACGUCGAUCAGGAGCCAGAACCGAAAAUGAAACCGCCGAACGAGGAGAAAUUGGUCGAAGAAGCUGUGUUAUCGAACGAAAUGUUGGACGAGAAGCUUGGUGAGGACAAAAUUGAGAAACAAGACGAAGAUUUUAAAAGGUCGGUUGAAGAUGAAGAGGAAGAGGAGGAGGAGGAAGAAGAGGAGGAGGAAGAGGAGGAGGAGGAGGAAGAAGAGGAGGAGGAGGAGGAGGACGACGACGACGACGACGACGAGGAAGAGCUGAAAAACGAGGAUCAGAUGGACGAGAAGCUGGAUGGUCUCUCGCAAACGCAGGAUAACUUUCAAUCGCCGAAGAAGAGGGCGGCUGGCAACUACGUGGUGGUCCACAAGAAGACGGGCGAGAUUCUGAUCGUGGAGAAGAGGAAGAAGCUGACGAAGGAGGCAGCCAGGUUCUUCUGCGACGUCUGCACCACCAGUUUCACCAGGAAAAGCUCCCUGAAAAAGCACAAUCAGUCUCAGUCUCACCUGUCGCAGAUGGUCAAGUCGAAGAAGAACGCGGCGUCGACGGCGGAGGACGUCGAGAACGCGGAAGAUCCCUUCGCCGCCAGUCAGAACGACGUGUCCAGCGACGAGAACAGGGUCGAAUCAGCAGACGAAGCGACGAACGUUCCUUCGGAGCUGAGGGACGACCAGGAGAAUGAGAACGACGCUUCGAAGUCUGCGAUUCCAGAGCCCCUUUGCAGCGAUCUCUGCUACAGCAACCACCUGGAACAAAAUCCCCUGAUGAAUUCUCAGGCCACGCAUCAGCACACGCUGGAGGACGAGCUUCUCGACGAGGAGAUCUGCAAGAUUACGGAGAACAUGAAUCACGACGAGUACGUAAUUACCGAUCAAGUGUCUUCCGAGCCGGAGUCUAUAUCCACGCCGGUGAAAAUGGAGGUGAAGAUGGAAGACAUCGGGAAGAGAAAGAAGCACGAGAAGAAGAAAGAGAAGGCUAAGAAGAAGAGCCUGAUCGACGAGCAAAUUCUCCUGGACAGCCCCGAGUUGGAAAAUCCAACAGACGAUACGUUGGUCAGCGUUCUGGGCGCGAACAUGUCCAUCAAAAUUGCUAAAUCCUCGUGUCUGACCGCGUCAAAGGAGAGUUCAUUCGAAGGGUCGAAAACCGACAUUCUCAGAACGAGGGAGAACGACUUCCAAGAACCGUGUUUAGACGGUUCGCCGAAACUGCAAGAGAACAGGGACAUGGACAUGGAUAUGGAGAUUGAGGAUGCGCUGUUGAGGACAGAGGUGAAUAAAAUCGUGGAGGACGACAGUAUAUACAAGAUGAACCCUGAGGAAAGGAACGACGAUUUCCCGAGCGUCCGACUGGACGACACUGACACGGUGAAGAAUCAACCGUACGAACGUUUGAGCCUGAAACUCACCAUAAACACGCGCGGAAUCGAAGUCUGUAAAGAUACUGACCUCGACAAGUGCGACUACUCGAGCGCGUUCGUCGAGACAUCCGAGGAUGUGGAUCGCAGUUCUGAGAGAAAUCACGAGAGCGCCCGAGCCGAACCGGUCGAGGAUUGCGAUUACGUUGAAUCGAGAACAGAAGGAUUUGACGAAGACUCGAGCUCCUCAACCCCAUGCGAGAGUCAGAGAAGAGAGAGAAAAAGCUCUUUGGAGAGCAACGUCGACGAACUGGACAUUAUUUCCAAAGUGCAAAGGGUCACGGAGACAUUGGAGAACGUGGAAGAUCAACAGACAGAAAGCGAGAAGCAGAAUGAGUCAGGGAAAGCGCCACAUCAUGGGAGAUCCAGGAGAGGCAGAGACAAGAGACAGUCGGAAGAAACGGAAAACAACUCGGAAGGUGAAGCAACGAAGAGCUCAGUUCCCAGACAUAAAGUUGAUCAGAAUGAGUUAGCAACGAAAUUUUCAGAGUCAGAGGCUUUUGCCAUCGACGAAUUCAACACAGGUGAAAAGUUAGAGCGCUUGGAAGAGAGUUCUAUCAAAAAUGACAGCGUUCCUAUCCUUGAAUCACUGGAGAAUCAAAAUGUACAUGAAUUCAACGAAUCGGAAGAGUUGGAAAGCAAGAAACUCGAAGAAAAUCCAGAAUCCGCGGAAGAAACUACUCUAAAACAGUCGAUGGAACAACGAGUUACUGAGGAAGAGAUUGUACGGUCAGAAGACAUAAUCAAAUCCUUGGAAUCUAUAGACGACGACGAAACUUCGUCGUCCUCCAGUUUAGCGGACAAACCGUUGUCGCAAAUUUUACUAGAGAGGGUACAAAAAUUAGACGCGUACAAGGAUCAGAUGAAGGAGAUCCCCUGUUGCACGGACAUUCCGACGGAUUCUGUAAACGAAUCGAAACCGGAGGCAAAGUCGAAUGUCGAGAACGAACGCACGGUCGACGACGAUUCUUCACCCGCGAACGAACCGAUCGAGAAGGAGAAACCAGACGACAAGGAUUCGAACGUCAACGACGAACAGGCGAAGAUCGCGUCGGAGGAAGAGGCGUCGAAAACGAUGGAGGACAACUCUGACAAAGACUCGAAGAUCUCGUCGGAGUCGGAGAAUAGCGAGGCAGUUCCGUCGAUGAAAAUCAUACCGAACGAGAAAGAACUGGAAGAAUCGGAGAUUAUUAGUAACGUCGGUCGAAAAUCAAGUGCCAGCGAUCGUCAAAUUUUAGGCAAGAAAGCCACCAAGAGCCACAGAUACUCGAGUGCGAAGGACAACCAUAGGAGAUCCAGAGGCAGGAAGUCUUCGAUGAGGAGCAAGCUGGCCGAUCUGACCAGCGAGAGCGACGACAGUGAGAACGAGGACAAGACCGAGUCGCGGAACAAGAGCAAGAUCGUGAAGAGCGUGUUCGGCAGAGUGUUCGGCGGCGAGAAGGCGGACAAAGUGAAGGAGGUGCUGAACGACUGGGUGUCCAAGUCGGAGGACGACUCGGACAUAUCUCGGACGUGUUUCAAGUAUUCUAAGGACUGCACGAACGAGAAGAACGGCAAGAGGCACUCGGUCUCGUCCUCCGCGCACUCCAGCCCCAGGAAACGUUCUGGGAAACGAUCGAAGAAGAACUCUUCCUCGGAGAGAAACAAGGAGAAGAACCCGGUGUACCAGGAGAACCAGGUAGACGAACACCAUUCCGGAAGACACGUGAGAUCAAAGAGCUCCAACAACAAAAAGAAACACGACACGGAGGCGUCCAACAGUUAUUUCUUGCACCUGCCGGCGACCAAGUGCCGGCUGAGCAAGAAGAGGGCGGAGGAACUGAUCUCCAGGACGUUCGAGGACGACUUCACCGAGGCGAACGUCGACAAGAGUCAGAGAUCGAAGCACAAGGAGCCGAACUAUGGACUGAGGAACCAAGGUAAACCCGACUUGACGAUCAAGGACAGCGGCUAUGGGUCCUUCAACUACGACGAGGAUUCUUCCAAGAUGGCGCCUAUGGAGGAUGACACCGCGGAUGACGAACAGAAGAUGGUCAAGAGGAGAAAACUGUCAGACGCCAAGAGAAGCAAAGGUAAGAGCGAGGAGGAGAGUUGGAAGGAUCUAGUGUCGGAGAAGAAGGCUUCGAAGAAUCCGAAAGAGUCGGACGAUGAGGAGGACAGUCUCAUGAAAGACGUUCAUCAGAAAAGGAGCCAACUGAUCAAUAGGCUAUCCGUUGACUUGGAAGAGUCCUCGCGCAGUUGCAGCAGCUUGGCGCCCAGUAGCGUGAGAAACAGGUCCCCGAGCAUGGAUAGGAACUCUCAGACCACCAGAGACUCCGACGUGGACGACGAAGAGGACGAGGAUGCGGGUCAUGGGCGGAUCUCUCCGUUGUUCGUCUGUGGGACACCGAGAAGCUCCGUCGAGACGAGCUCCAACAGCGAGAACGAAGAGGAGGAUGAAAAUCUGGUCGCGAACGACGCCGUGACUAGAAAGAGCUCCAGCGAGUUUUCGGGGGAGAAGAUCGUGAUCAGGUCCCCGUGCUCGAGUCACAAGAGCGAAGUGGUCACCAUCGCACCCACUGAUGCCAUAGAGGACAACGCUCUGGACGUGCCGCAGGAGAUAGAGACUGCGAAGCCUAGACAGGGCAAGGUCCUGAACUUUGACGAAGAGCUGUUCGUCGAGUGUUGCUCCAGACUAAAGGCUACGACGGAAAACGAGCUUAGAGGAGCGAAGAAGAUCAAGCUGGACCAUAAUGAAGGUUAUCACAGAAAAGACGAACAGCAGCAAGGCUUCAGGGGGCCCAGAGAUCGAUGGAAGGACGUGGAAAGUCAAAACAGCCUGGGAAGUCUUCUGGAAUCGGUCAACCAGUUGUUGGGCGAGGAGAUGUACAGCACCAGGGAGAGGGACUACGCGAAACGAGGUGGCCGAAACUUGCGGAGCGAACAUUCCAGCAGGUCGGCCAGCCCUGACACGUCCAGGGCUGACAACCUGGGUUACGAGGACAGCCUGGACGUUGCGUUCGAGCACAACAACAAGCUGAGGGACAAGAUACAGCAGCGGAUGAGAGAGUCAGAGAACCUGAUUGCCAGUACCUUCAGCCAGAAGAGCAAUAACGAUAUUGUACGUGAGCAGCGUACAUCGAGGAACAACGAACUGAACAUUCUAACGAACUCGUACUCUCGUCUGCAGGAUCAGAAACAUCUGUCCGGCCCGAAUUUGUCGAACGGCGGCUACAACGAGCCUCUGCACGUCAAAGGACUGCAGGACGAGCACGGGGCGAAAGUGAAUCUCGAUUCCUCGGGGCUCAAGGGCAAGAUGAAUUCCUCGUUGGGUGGUUUGCUGGACAAGGCACUGUCCAAUCUGCUGCACAGCAACGAGAAACACGAUCACAAUGGAUCCACGCCGAUGAAGGUGUUGGCGGAGCUAGCGUGCGCCAGAGCCCCGACAACCACAUCUGGAGACUCGGCGCUUCAAGAAUCCGCCCAAUUCGCGAAGACCACUCUGACCAAGGACACGACGCCGAAUCCAAGCCCUGUGUCGGUGUCCAAGGACCUCCAGAAAAAGUCGAGGAAUCCCAUCAAGGAGCUGUUCGAAAGGAAGAAGGAGAUGAACGAGAGGAAACAACAGGAAAAGUCAAAGAACGCGGCAGAAGCGGCGCUGAAAGAGCUGAACGUCCACAGGCAGAGGAAAACCAAGAAGACGAAGAAGCACCAAGACUUCCCCCUGAUACGACGUAACGAGCACGGUGGCCUGGUGGAGAGGAAGAAACGACGGGAUGGCUUCGAGAGGAAGGAGGAAUUCGCAUCAGACAGGAUCAAGGACGUGUACGAGUUCGACGAAGAGGAAAGCCAGAUGGAGCCGAAUCUGGGUAGCGUGAUGUCUUACAGAAGCAGGCCAGGAUACGAGGUGAGCUGCCUGAGAACCAAGGAGGUGGAUGUAGCUGGUUUGAUGUCCAAAGCUAUCGGGGAUACCCUGGAGAACGGGAAAACCGCGGAUGCACUGAGCACCAGGCUCGAGUCCAUGAUCGACAGGAAGUUCAAGGAGCUGGAGAAAUUCGCUCCGAAGACGAAGGGUGCGCUGAAAGCAUUCCAGAGCGAGGACCAACAGAGGCAGAUCACUGGGCCCAUGGACGAGUUCGUGGAGAGGAAGCAGCCGACAAAGGCCUCGAAGAAACUCGCGGAGCAAACAACUUCAACUCCGACGACGACGAAACACCCGAAACUAAAGAAGAGGAGCAAGAAUUCGAAAAAGAAGGCGAGGAAUUCGUGGUACGAGAACGACAGCUCGGACGAGUACAGAACUGCGGUGAAAACCGAGGACGUUGGUGUGGGGAUCUCCAAGAGUCAGAGAACCUGUUCCAAGGGAAAGCAGAACAUAUUCGCGGAGCUGUACACUUCGUCGGAGAGCGAGUUCGAGGAUGGGGACGCGGAUUACGAGUCGAAGAGGCAGAGGAGAGUGAAGAAGAACAGCAAGAAGGAGGAGACAGAGCUGGAGAACGUGGAGCAGAGUCAGGAAUUAGUUGACAAGUACACCUCCGACAACGAGGACCAAGCGAACGAUUGGAAGGGCCAGGACUCGAAGAACGACGCCACGAAACACGACUGCGACAACAAGAAGUCUGAGUCAGAGAUGUCUGACCAUCCUCUGGUCAUCGACGAAAGGAAAGACGUGGACGAGCAGAGGAACAGCGACGACGAAACUGAGAACCAGUACGAGAGGAACUUUGAAAUGGACGACCUGUAUAGAGAGGACAGUUCGAUCGUUGACUCGGACAUGGAAGAUUCGGUCCCCGUAGAUUCAGCGAAAGUUCCAGAAGAGGUCAGGGUGAAGAGCCCAAGCUUGUCGGAGAAGAAGACCGAUGCUGAGAAGGUAGAUUACAUGCAGGAAAGCGAACUGAUCCCACUGGAGGAAGCUUUGGACCUUCUAGACCAGGCUGACAACGAGAACUCCCUGGGAGCGAAAUACGGUGAUGUGGCUAGGCCUGCCAAACCAGACGACUGUCGUAUCAAUCCAGUCGUAACGGUAGAACCUGAAAACGAAACGUUCAAUCCUGUCGACGAUGCUGAUUUGCUCGACAAAGUGGCCAUCAAGUCUCCCACUCCCGUGGAAGAGCAGGAGGAGGAACCGGACAACGACCUCUUAGCGUUGCCAGAAAAAUUGUCGAGCAACGAGAAACCGCAAAAGGAAUCCGAAAAUCUUCCGCUGCACGUAUUCUUGAGUAGAAAGGUGCAAGAGUCGAAAAAGAGAAAGGAACAGCAGCUGAAGAAGAUGCAGGAGGAACAAGAGAGGAUAUUGAUGAACUUCCAGCCGACCAGGAGACAAAGGAAGUGCGCUAUUGGAAAGCAGGGACUGCUAGCAGAGAUCAGCAGCUCGGACGAGGAGAUAUCCCCGAGAGACAGGAGAGUGAACGACAGACUAGACCACGACAAGCCGAGGAAACAAAAGAGGGAAUCGAAGGAGAAGAGGAAGGAGAGGUACAUAGAAAAGAAGCACGAGCAGAUGAUAGCCAAGGAGCAAAAGGCCAUCGAGGAGGAAAUCCUCAGGGAGGUUGGAAAGAAAAAGGAGUCACUCGCGCAGAACAACACCGACGCGAGGAACAUCGCGGACGUCAAUGGUACGAAGAAACCGACGGAGGACACCGAGUCUGCGGAGAACAAAGUGCUGCAAGAACCGGCGCAGAAGAAGAAACAUCAGACCAAAGAGAAACAAAAGAGGCAGUCCAAAACGGACGAAGAAGACCCGUACGCCAAGAACAACCACGAAGGGCUGAGCGAUCUGGAGAACAACUGCAACAAGCCCCCACUGAUUGAAACCAAUCGCGAGAUCACUGAGAAUAAUCAGGAAUCGGCUACGAAACAGAAGAAACACUUCAAAUCGCCGACGAAGCCGAGAAAGACUCCGAAAUUAGACCAGAAAGUAAUACCAGUGAGAAAGAGCAAGAACUCAAAUGUCGACAGGAAAGCCAAGACAGACACCAAGGGGGUAAAGGACAAAGAACGAAGAUCGUCCAGUGGGAAACGAGAUUCCGACGACGAGGAACUGAAGACGACGAAAUCUUGGAACAAAGUUGAAGAGGGAGUCGGAGUGGCGAUCGGUCGACGAAAACGAGCUGCUGCCAAUCAAUUGUACUACUGGUCCAGCUCCAGCGACGAAGAGGAAAUGCUGGAAAUGGUUCCGGCGGUCGAGGAGGAGGAGGACGACCGCCAGGAGCAACACGGUUGGAUCGUCGGUGACUCUCACAAGAGGAUGAUCACGAUGCUCGCCAUGGAAAAGCAGCUGAAAGAGAAACGGCGAAGAAGCGAGGAUGAAUUCGAGCCUGGCCGAACGAAGAGCAAAAAGCACAGGAACAGCACCUCUUGAUACGUGUUCCACGACUAGGUUCGUAGCUGGAACGGAAAUUAAAAGAACGACAGUUUCAACUGUAACAGGAACAUGUUGAGUUCCUUUCUUGACACUCGCCUGGACGCUUAGAAGAGGCUUCCGAAGAGUACAGCGAUACCUGCAACGGAAAAAGAAACAAAGAUCAGAGACAGACGUGUGCAGUGAGGGAAGAGGCAGACGCAGGGAGAGAGGAAGAGAGAAAGAAAGAGAACGCAGGCAACUUUUGAUACGCAUUUCACCACUAGCUUUCUUUUUUCCAAGCGAAGAGCACACCAUCGUUUUUUCUAAAAGACUUAGAAGUGGAGUUUAGAAGAACCGGAUUUUUCUUAAUUAACGCGCGUUAGAAACGAAACGACUAAAAAGAUGAGAGACUUUUGUAAACGGAAGUAGCGUUAACCGGAUCUUUUGAUACUAGUCUUAGGCUCGCGGAAGUGAACGUAAGAGACGUUAGAUUUGUUAAGGUAGCUAAAAGCACGCUAGAUAGUAAUGUAAAUCCGAAUCAUCUUCGGCGACUAUUAUUUGUUUCUUUGCUGGUGGCAACAGCCAACAAAGCGACAGAUUCUAAUUGAUUCACGAAAGAAGAAUGUAGAACGUGUAUCCGACCGAGAGCUGUAGAAUCGAAGCAAUUAGGGAAAAAAGAGACUAUAUCUCGCAACUUUUAGAAGAAUCUAAACUACAAUCGUUUGUAUUUUACUUCGUGUCUUUUUUUUCAAAUAUACAAGAAUUUAGCUUUCAUUUAUUUUUCUUUUUGUUCUUUCAUUUUCUUAUAGUUAGCGCUCUUUAUAGUUUGAGGAACGUGGCGCUGCGAACGCUUAUUUGUUCCAUCGAGCACGGAUGAAUGUAAUGUGACCUACUGCCAGAAGAAAUUCCGAUUUCUUUCGGUCAUAUAUAUAUAUAUAUAUAUUGUUAUAAAAUAACGUGAAUCGAGAUAACAAGAAACUAUGUCGGAGGAAUAGGCCACGUGUUGUGUGAGAAGAAUGAAAAACAAAAUCGCAAACUGUACAUAGCUUGGCAUUAAUAAUAAUGAUAGUAAUAAUAAAAAAAGAAAACGGUUAGCUCAUAUUAUGUUAAAAAUAUAAUAAUUCCAAGCCCUUAUAAAUACCAUAAGCAUAACCAUAAUUUAGACUGAAUGUGAGUAAAUAGCGGACAUUAAAAGAAAUUUAGAGAAACAGAAAAAAAAGAUUAAGAGCACCUUUAGACAAUACUAGGGACAUCUGUAACGUUUUUAGUCGAAGUAGCGGAUCGUUUAAGGAAAGAAUUGAAAGGAUGACUAAAAAUUUUCCAGGAGAAAAUAAAAAUUUUAAGGAAAGAAACAUUUCUCAUACGUUGAUAUUUAAUUUGGGGAAAAAAAGAAAAAAAAAAAGAAAAAGAGGACGAUGUUUAAACUGGGGUCCAAUCGAAUAGCGUGCUUUUGCCGGCUUUUUGUGAUUCGUACAUAUCGCGUUUAAACGAAACAGGGAUGGGUGGAUAAAGAAGAAAUAUCUAACGUCGGCUGUUUUUUAUCGCUCGGCACGUUUUUUCCAAAGCUGUCGGAACAGAGAUCCAUUUUCGAGGGAGCUUUAGCGCAGUUUGGUCGAUCAAACACGUGAAAUCUUCAUUUUUCUUCUUUUCUUUUCUUCUUUUUCUUUUUGUUUUCCCCUGUUGGAAUUUUUUCCCGCCUUAGAUCUCAUAUCGCGACGUCAACGACGAGUACGCUACUUAUUUAAGGACGAAGCUUAUAUAAACGAUUAAAAAAUAAAAAAAAAAAAAAUAAAAAAACCAGUAGAGAAAACUUUCCUUUCGUACAUCUAGCUGAUGCACAUAAUUCUAAGUGCGUAGAAUUUCAUAUGAGAAAAUAUAAAUAUCCGGGACAAAAAAUGAUAUAUAUAUAUAUAUAUAAAUAUGAACAUAAAUACGAGAUGAUAAUUGAAUGUAUAACAGGAACGAUGAAGAGAAGAAAGGGGGGGGGGGGGAAAUACAAAAUGCAGAAAAAAAUAAUGAUAUAGACUUUAAUGUAAAUGUACUGCCAUAAUCAUAUUAUACGAGAGCCUAUGCGAAUAGAUUAUAUUAUUAUUCCUAUAAAGACGAACAACCGGAGAAGCAACAGCGGCGACGAGAUGGUGUUAGCACAAAACAAAACUAGGCAACAAUCCGAUUGUAAAUAGAGCAUAUUUUCAAUGUGUCUGGAAAAGUAUGUUUUGUAAUAUAAGGAUUGCAAAGGAAAAAUAAAAUUAUUAAAGAAUCA